AUGGCCAUCCCUGGCGUCUCGCCUCCCAAGCCAUUCCGCGAUCUGAAAGAUCUAAGCCGGAAAUCAACGCUUCACGCUUCCAAUACCUUGAUCACAACAGAACCCGGCUUGGGAGCAGCCGUGACGCUUACCCCGAUUGCCGACAUCGAAAUCCUUAUCAUCAAAGUCGUCACGCACGAGCAGGAGGUGAGCCACCGCGAGAUCGGGCAUAUAGUCUCCACGGGGUCAAGCGCAAAUGAUGUUGUUGCUCGGGGUUUCACGAUCCGCGAAGGAAAUUCGGAUCGAGAGAUACUAUACCCCCGGCUCGGUGAUUGGCACCGUGCCGCUUAUCCUGGAGCUCUCGCGCAUUCUAGGAAGGCCCCCAAUCGCGCCAGGUCUCGCUCAAUCGCGCCAGAGCGAGACCUCGUGCUCUUCUACGGGGUAGCGAGGGCCCACCUCCGCUACCGCCGUAUCCUCAAGUCAUCGACGCGACCUGUGCUUUGCGGCCAGCCUCUCUGCCUCCCGAUUGCGCUGUUCUGGCUUGCGGGGACACCGACGGCCCCCUCCACCACCCACUGGAUCGUGCCCAUCUCCUGGCCGGGAUCCCGUUCGGCUACGGCUGCGUCUGGGUCUCCACUGGGCGGCUUCGGUCCCGGCGUUCAUGGUUUUGGUCUGCGUGCGGAGUCGAUUCCGUGGUUGUUCUAUACCUAUGGGGCUGGAUCCGCAAGCGACGUCCUUGGCUGGAGAUGUGUCAUGCAUACCACCCAGCUGUAUUUGCAUUACAACUUAGACCUGAGCGGCACUAUCAUGCUAUGGCUGCAGAUGAAAGCUUCAGUUGGCGGCACAAUGCCUCACAUGUAA